CCAACUAAAUCUCACUUGUAUCCCACCAUCAAAAAAUGCAUCUCCUCACGCUGAUCCUCGGGACUGUGCUUCUCCCUGAAGCCUUCACCCUGAAAUGUCAUCAGUGCUUCAUGGGAAAUUGCACCAACACUACAGAAUGUCCUUCACAGAGUCUUCAGUGUGGCACAAUCAGAGUCCUGUCCUAUGCAGGUGGUACGAAACUCGCUGAUAUUACCACAAAAGGCUGUGGUCCUGCCGAACAGUGUGUCGAAGGAUCAAUCAACUUUGGACUCGCAAAGACUGUGAUUGCCAGCAAGUGUUGCUCCUCCGAUCUCUGCAACACUGAAGCUGCCCCGGGUGUCGCCCAAUCCUCCCCAAAUGGCAAAAAGUGCUUCUACUGUGAUGGACUAUCGUGCACCGCAACUCUCAACUGUGAAGGGAAUGAGGACCACUGCAUCACAACAACAGUGAAUACAGGAGGGGUAUCGGUGGCUGUGAAGGGCUGUGCUUCCAAGAUGAUGUGCUCAGGUGCUCAAGCUGCUCAGACCAUCGAAGCCAUUGGAAAAGACAGUAGCUGCUGCCAGGGCGACUUCUGCAACAGCGCCACCAGUACAAGUGCUGGCAUUCUGCUCCUGGUGGCACCGCUGAUCUCUCUGGUGUUGUUCUCUUAGUUUUGCACAACCUCAUAGAGCUUGCACUCGUGUAGUUAUUUUUUCAGAUGUGUGACAAAGUAGAAAUUUAGAAAGCAAAAGACAAAAUGUUGUUGCUUUUUGGUCUCCUGCCACAUGCCGUUUGUAAUCUGCUCAUUUUCGUUCUCUUUUUAUUAUUACUGUUAUUUCUUUACACGAUGCCUGUACAUUUAACGACAAGUGACUUGGAUGGUGUUGUGAAUGGCAGCGCUGUUUGUUUUUUGUGUCAUAGUUUAAACAAGGAGAAAGUUGAAAAUAGACUGAUGCACAUAUUGGGUUCUGAGUGCUGUUAGUAACUGACAGAUGUUGUGUUUAGAAAUAUUUUUAAAAAAUGCGUUGAUGUUAUUUGAUAUGAAGCAAACAUAAAUAAAAAUUCUGCUGAAUAUA